GGAAUCAGCUGUCACAUUUAUUCACCACCAUCAUAGAAGUCCCAUUUAUCUUCUAUUUGUUUCUGCGACAGAGCGGGCGUGGUGCAAAUUUUCCCGAAAUUUAGUGGAAAAACUGUGUAAAAAGUGUUGAAAAUAUCGAAAAAACAAACAAGAAUAUGACACAGUUCUUUUGACCCACGACUCUGCUUUCAUUGCACUUUGUCGGCUUCUUCACUUUCUUUUUUUAUAAAUAUAGCUUUUAUUUUUUGAGAACUAUUUUCCAACUUUAAACGAAAAGUUUGGAAAAUAUUGAUCGAGAUAGUGUGUAAGUGAAAAAAAAGCAAAAGUGUCCGUAGUGAUGUUGGUCCUUAUUGAAUUAUCUCUCCAUUGAUGUUCCAUUCCGAACAAGUAUACAGGACUUUUAUGUGCCAAAAUUGACGUGAAAGUUCCAUUUUUCUCUUGUAUCCUUGUGAAAAGUAAAAAAAAAAAUAGUGAGAACGUUUUGAAAAUACAAAAAGAGUGAAGUGAAAAUGUCGUUGGAUUCAAUGGGACCCAACAAGGCGGGACGGUCAGGUGUCCCAGGAGGACGGAUGACCCACUCACUCAGUACUCCAUCUGGGGUCGAUGGAACACCACCAACCAUCACACAUCAUCGUGGUGGGAAAAAACUUGCCAUACGAGUGCAAAUGUUGGAUGAUUCCGUUACGAUGUUUCAAGUCCAGGCCAAAGCUCUGGGUAAGGUACUUUUUGAGCAAGUAUGCAGACAACUAAAUUUACUAGAAGCAGACUAUUUUGGUCUGGAAUAUCAGGAACCAGGAUCCCACACAAAGUAUUGGCUUGAUUUGGAAAAGCCACUGAAUCGUCAAGUGGGAUUAUCUCUAAUUGAUCCAGUUUUGAGGUUUUGUGUUAAAUUCUAUACACCCGAUCCAGCUCAGCUGGAGGAGGAAUACACACGAUUUCUGUUCUGUUUGCAAGUCAAACGGGAUUUGGCUACUGGGAUACUGCAGUGCAACGAUAAUACAGCAGCCCUAAUGGCUAGUUACAUUGUCCAAGCUUCCUGUGGUGAUUAUGUCGUGGAGGAUUAUCCGGAUCACACUUAUCUGUCCUCCUAUCGAUUUGUUCCCCAUCAGGAUGGUUCCAUGCAGAGAAAAAUAAUGGAAAAUCAUAAGAAACAUUUCGGACAAUCACCAGCUGAGGCAGAUCUCAAUUUACUGGAAACGGCGAGACGAUGUGAAUUGUACGGAAUGAAGAUGCAUCAGGCAAAAGACAUUGAGGGUGUUCCACUAAAUUUAGCCGUGGCAAACAUGGGUAUUGCUGUUUUUCAAGGCAUCACGCGAAUCAAUACAUUCUCGUGGGCAAAAAUUAGAAAAAUUUCAUUUAAACGGAAACGUUUCUUAGUAAAAUUGCAUCCAGAAGGCUAUGGCUACUACAAAGAUACAGUCGAGUUCUUCUUCGAGGGGCGCAAUGAGUGCAAAAACUUCUGGAAGAAAUGUGUGGAAAAUCAUGGAUUUUUUCGUUGCUCAAUGGUGCAAAAUUAUCCAAGACGGAAGGCGCGAGUGCUAUCCCGUGGUAGUUCAUUUCGAUACAGCGGAAAAACCCAGAAGCAAGUUAUUGAAUUUGUUCGCGACAAUUAUGUCAAACGCCAAACAUUUCAGAGGUCUCAGUCCUUUCGUCAGGGUACUCUCAACUCUGGUAAUAGAAGUCAAUCGCACACUUCUUGCAAUGUGAAUUCCAGCAUUUCAGCUCAUCCCUUGCUACCCAUAGAGACUGCGGAAUGGGAUUUUCGCAAUCAGAACAGCGCCUUGACGACGCCUUCUCAGAUGAGGAAGGAAGCGGAUUCCUUGGUUCGCCGACAAGACAGUCCUAUCGGCCACAUGCGAUCUCAAGUCACAGCAGCCCAGGUGGAGACCUAUCAGAUGAAGACUUUUGCGGCGGAAUCUCCACAAGUUCAGGACCACCUGGACUCGAGUCGCUCUGUAUCUCCGGGGGGCACAUGGACUUCACCCCACCACCACUACAACAACAAUAUUCACGCAGCCGAUCGGGCUCGUGCACAUCAAGACGCUCACAGUUCCGGAUUGAACCAUCGCUAUGCCCUUGUGUCGCCCAAAUGUCAGCGUCGCAACAGCAAAUACAUCUCGGAGGAAGCCAGCAGUUCUAUGGGGGAGGAGAUAGUGUCAUCUAUCAGCCAGGAGAGUGUUGUCCUUUCGGACAUUCGCACUCAGCCGGUCCGUUCAACGGGCCCAGCUUAUGCCACCCCAGCCCAUUAUAGCAAUACGUAUUCGAUGUCUAAAUCCUGCAGUACCGCCACAGAUGAUACAGACAAUGUUAUUUACACUGAUAUUAAUGACAUUUAUGGAAAUGCGAGAAAAUAUGGGUCACAGACACCUGUUAAGGGUAGUUCAAAAAGUCAAUUUCCAGGGGUUGCCACAGGGACGACCACAUCGAUUGGUCGUGUCGAUGAUCUCUAUGCCACGGUUAAUCGAAAGAAUAAGACGAUAAAUAGAAUAAAUGCAGCUGCAGUAGCAGCAGCUGAUGCUGCAGCUGCAGAAAAAAGACGAAAGUCCGAUGAAUUUCUUGGGGAUACUUCCCGUGGGUAUGCCAAUGUCAGUCACUUGACCAAUGGUCAGGUAGAUUUUUAUACCAAUCGAUACACCAACGAUAAUACUGAGUAUUCUGAUCAGCAGAGUUCGUUGGGACAAAGCAGGGAUAAGGGUCCCAUUGAGACAGUCCAGAAUUACGAUUAUAGUGCUAGGCACUCACUGGGCAAUAUUCGUACCAACUACGAAAUGUACAUAGCUCCAAAGUCUACGGAUUCUGACUUAGAGAGUUCAAUUUUGGGUAAGAAAAAUUCUUCUGAACGUUUGGAGUAUGAACUAUCGAGUGCCAAUAUAUACUCAACUCUUCAGUACAAGAUGUUCGAUGGAGGUGAUACGGGUAAGGAGUCUUGGUUGAAGAGUGCUUCGUGCAAAGAACUCUAUGAUUGCAAUUUCGAAGAGUCUGGUGAAGCUAAGCGUAAAGCCGGGGACUUUUCCUACAUUAACGCUUUCGAUAGAGAAUUUCUUUCGUCUGAUCGCAUUGAUUCCCCCAUAACUCGCUAUGAUGACACUAAUAGAUCUCUCUAUGUGAAUAAGAAUCACUCUGUUGAUGUCAAUGGAGACUUUCCAAUCUUGGAAUCUAAAGUGUACUCUUCGAGUUAUCCAGGGAGUACAUACAAUACGAUUGAUCAUUCAAAUCGUCGAGGACAGUACUAUCAGAAUCAAUUUGACUUUCAUGGAUCUCAUGAUGAUGUCUCUCACGAUAGCUAUGAGCUUUUGGAGAAAUCUGACGAUGAACUUUAUGCAAGAAUUAAGAAUGAUCAUUCAGAACCACAUUCAAGAUCCUGCUCACUUGAUUCAGGAAACUACAUUCCAACCGAUGACGAAAGCGUUAGCGAAUCGGCUUUCUUGAAGUACCGUGGGGAAAUUAAAAGUAGAAGUGUGGCUGAUAUCAUGGACGAUAUGUUCUUGAAUGAAGAUCCUCGGGAUCUACCACGUGAAAAAUUAUGCGUAAAGUCCGAUGGAAGCUUCUACAACAAGAUUAAGUACCAAAUCGGAUCGAGGACGUCAAGUCAGGAAUCUCGUAGUGACUAUUACGAAUCAAAGAUCUCUAAGAGUAGUGAUUCGAGCAAGAAAUCCAAGGAUAGUGUUUAUCACACGGAUAGUAAGAAAUCAAGGGAAACAAUCAAAAGCAAACAUUCUGAUAGAUCUGACUACAAUUCACGAGCAUCGAGUCAAGAGAGCAAAGAAUCUUUUGGCGAUGGCUUGCUCAAGAAUUACGAAAUGCCUACGACAACCGGAAAGAAGAUCAAGAAUCUCGGAAAGAAAGUUCAGCAGUAUGAGAGAAAUUCGAGUCAAGAGUCUAAGAGUGACUAUUAUGAUGCUAAAAUGUCACUACCUAGUUUGGAGAGAUCCUCACUUGAUGGGAGUGAAGAUGUGGACAGUGAUCGUGCUAUCUACAGCAAGAUUAAGGUGAAGAGUCACGAUAGUCUGUUGUCUGAGAUGAAAUCAACAAAUUAUUACAAUUCUCAAAGCAAUUACUCCACAUUCCCAAGCAAUAAGACUCACAAAACGUCUCAUGUUCACUCAAUUAGCUUGCAGAAUGUUGAGAUUGAAAGGAAUGCUAGAUCUUAUUCCUAUCGAUCCAAUGAAAAUACACCAAAUCGUCAAGGUGAGACUAUUGCAACUCAAACCCAUAACCUUUGGUCGAGGGCAGUUGAGGAUGAGAGUGAUGACUUGGACAAAGAAGGGAGCUCUUUCGAUCGGGAAUUUAGACGAAAAUCUGACAGUGACAAUAUCUUCAGCUUCGACAAAGAUAAGAUAGAGUCACUAACUCAAUCUUCAAUGGAUUCGACAACAGCUCCAGAAAUGAACAAAAGAAGUCCAGAAUAUCCUCUAACUCCAGAAUUAAUGUCUGAGUUUGAUAAACUGAAAAUCGACUCUCCUCAUGUUAUCAAUGUAAAGUCCACGAGGAAAGAAGAACUAAUGGCGAAAACUCAUUUUGAGGAGUACAAUCCCAAAAUGAUUCUAGAUUCUGUGUCACAUGGAUCGGGAUCCUCCAAUCCUUUGACUUACAUACACCCCACUGUCGAAAGGACAAAGAGUGAUCCGAAUUCACUAGCUAAUCGAUCUCGUCUGGGAUCAAAUUCAAGACGUCACGUUUUGAUGCAUCAGAAAUCUAUUGACUUAACUCCAGCUGAUUCCAGCGAUGAAGAGUACUUCUACAAACAAAUACCAAGUGCUCCUCCGCUUUGUCAGAGCCAUCGAAGUCAUUUUGAAAUGCCUAAGAGCUACGACGUUCCCGUCGCGGUAUCAGAUAUUCCAAAAUCAGGCUUUGAGAUGCCAAGUAGCUUCUUUAAGGAAUACGAAAAGAGAUGUGGCAAGGCUAUAAAGGAAGAUAUUCCUUACGUUUUGCAUAAGAGGCAUGUGAUGAAUGGUACUGCGCCAUCGCCAAAUGAAGGUAAGCUACCAAAGCAUCAGAAGGCCAAGAGUCCGAAAUCACCAAAAUCACCACGAUCACCAAAAUCUCCUAAAUCAAUAGAAGCCAAAGAUUUAGUCAAGGACAGAAAGCAUGAUCUCUUGUCUGCAGAUAUCCUUCCCGAUCUUCUCGAUAACAUUGAGACAGAGAGCGGUAAGGGAUUCCUUUUUACCCAAAACAUUGAUCUAUCGAAAGUUGAUCCUGUAACUCUUGAAGUAGACAAGACUUCUCCAGUAAUUCAACUGUCUAGUCCAAAAAGAGACAUCACCAAGAAACUAGACCCUAAAAUGCUAGAAGCACUCAAUAGCAAACUCUCCCAAAUUGAGAGUGAUUCAGGAAGCACGGAGAGCUUUGCACGUGAAGCAAAUAAAGCUCUGACGACUGGAGAAAUAAAGCUUCCAGAAGCAUUCUAUCAAAUUGAAGUGCCAACAAUAAGUAAAAAGGAUAUUUCUAUUGCUAAGCGAUUGCUUAAGCCUAGAAUUGCUCCAAAAGCUGGAAAGCAACAUGUCAAGGGGAAAAACAAAGCUAAGAUUAGAAUCACAUCAUUUAGUUCUGAUGAUGAAAGUCUUGAUUCUGAUGAUGUAUUCGGCUCAACUGAAGCCACUCCGACUAAAUUGGAAUUUUCACCACCACAAUCGAGAAAAGAGAUUGAACCGAUCCUGAAACUUGAACAGGAUAGGAUUAUUAAUGCCUGGGGACGUGGUCAAACCAUGAGUUCGACUGAAAUCGAAGGUUCUCCACCGCAACAACGUCGUUUGGCUGAUUUGGAGAAUCGAUAUCACACUCAUACGUCCAUUGAUACACCUUAUCAAAAUCAGUCUGAACUACGAAGGAUUUCAGAGAGAUCCAUUUCAAUUCCAAGUUCAGAAGAAGAAGGGACAGUUACGAGGAAAACAGAAACAACACAAAUCUAUCACAUGACCGAAACAAUACCCUCGCCAAUUCUGGAGAGUUGUGAAUUUCUACGUACUGAUGAUGAAGUUUAUGAAACCUGCAAGGAAGAUAGAGACGUAGAGGAUGACUUGGCCUAUACCUUAAUCACCAAAAAGGAUUUUUCAAAGUCAGACGCCAAAGCGAGGACAAAGUUGAUUGAAGAACUAAUUGAUUCAUCAAUAGUCAUGCGAUCUAAAGGGCAUGCUCCUAUUUUAUUUGCCCAUGCCAGACUUAAUUUAUCCGAAGGAUCGGCUUUUGCUUCCCUUCAGAGGCAGAAGGCAACUCAGGAAUCUCCAGAUUCCGGAAGGAGAGCUAAGAGUCUCGAUACUCCUGUAAUUUCUCUUCAUAGACUACCCCCUAUGAAUGCGUUUUCAUCAAAAGAUGACACAGUGGGAUUCGAAGAAGAAGCUGAUGUCCUUGAAGAGAAACCUCUUAGUAGGGAAAUGACAAUCCGAGAAGAUGAAGACAUGGCUGAAAGCGUUCAGUCUUGCAUGGAUUCUCUUCCAUCAGCAAGAAGUGUCACGAAAUUCAGUCAAGGAAACUUUGACAUUCUUAAGAAGAUUCUGAUUGACGAAGAGGAACGGGAACUACUGGAUCGGUUGAGGUACAUCGAGAGGAUUGCUCUUCAAGGAGUGAAGAUUAAGGAGAAACGCAAGUCAAAGUUGAAAUUGAAAAGUGGUGAUCACUUGAUCUUAGAUAUUCCCAAAUACCGCUUUGACCCAUUUAGUUCAGGUAAUAGUUCACGCAAAACAUCUCCAGGAGUAAGUCGAGCCAGUAGUGUUGAAAGUACUGGAAAAGCAAAGAAGAAACCUGAUAGUUUGGCAUUGAAAACCGUAGGAACGCUUACUCGAAAAACUGCAGCUAAGUCACGAUCUGUUGAGGUUCAGAAGACAAAAAUAUCAGGAGUUUUGACGAAUCAGAAAUCCCUACCGGAUAUUAAGAAAACAGGUUCAAAAGAAAAACUCUUAGCACCUCGAGAUGAAGGGGUUAAGAGGGCUAAAAGUCAGGAAUCUGUCAAAAGGAACAAUUCCAAGGAGAAACCACCAAGAAAACUGAGCAAAGACAAGAGUCGAUCUCAAGAGGAAAAUGAAUUAGAUAUUGCAAAGCGCAAAGAGCGUCAACAAAAAUUAUAUGAAUCUGCUAUGAAGCAGACUAUUAAUCUUUUGAGUCCAGUGAAGGACAAUUUACCAGCUUUUCCUGCUCCUGAAGAUAAAAUUUCUGUAAAGACAGAAGGAGAUAAAAUUAUAAUAGAGACAGAAAUAAGGAGCAAGGCUGAGGAUCAUGUCUUUAUAGCGAAAUCACCUAAAAAGUUAGAUACGUCUCUGGUAAAAUUUAGUCGAAGUUUCGACGACACGACGAAAACCACGGAGAAAUUGGACAAAGCUAAUAGAAGUUUCGAAGAUCGGAACAAGUCGGUGGAGGAAGCUUCGGACAAAUCGGACAUUGGUGAGGAUUUUGUGUUGAAAUCUCCAAGGAAAAUUAUGAGAAGUCAAGAACUUAAGAGACAAAUUGAGGGAUCCGUUGUGCAUAAGAAAUUUGAAGGAAAGUCUAAAAGUUUGGAAAAGAGACCUGAACAAAUUCAUCAGUAUUUGGACAUUGAGACAAAGACACGAAGUCUAGAUAAGAAUUUUGAAUUAAAUACCUUUAUUGAUGCUGAGACAUCCAAGAAGAAGACAGUUCAAGUUGAAGUUCAUCGAGGUGCUAAAGCAGAAUCUUCAGAUAGCGAUAGAUACAGGAAAUCCACUGAUAGUAGUGAGAGUAAAUCAACCAGUACUUCUAAAUCCUGGACAUCUCUAGAUGACAGUCGCAUUUCUGGAGGUAAACAGGAGAAGUCUGGUGAACGGAGAUCCCUUUCUCAAACUGAUGAAUUACCUGAAGAAGUUGAUAUGCAGGCCAUAAUUUCCGAACGUAGAAACUUAGAUCUGCUCAAGAGACAAUCACUACCAUCUGAAGAUGCGAAGGAUACCGAAGAGAAGUCCCCUGGUCCGUUAUCCCAUGGGAACAGUGAGGAAUCUCUAACAUCUGUGAGUGACUUAAAGCCUGGAAAUGAAGCAAAAGUUAGUAUCCCCCAUCGUGUUCCUACAAUUGAAUGUGAGGAACCAUCAAUUGAAGAAGAUGUAGAUGAAGAGAAAACUCUGAAGCCAGAUAAAGAAGAUAGUCUACUUAAGUUGGGCUUGGAGAGAAGUCGCAGUGAUGAGACUGCUUCCUGGAAAACAUUUGAAUGUGAGGAAUAUGUUGGCAGUGUAGGAACUGAUGCAUCAGAUAUCUCAAAAGCUUCAACUCUCAAAGGUGAUCCUUCGCUGCAAAUGCAGAACACAUUGGAAGAUGCCAAAGAUUCAAAUUUUCUCGAGCCUGAAGAUUUUGAUAUGAAUAUUAUUGUGACGCCUCCGGAUUCGAGUCCUUUGGUAGAAAAGAUGCCACUUCCUGGAACACCUAGUGAUGACAGAAAAUCAGAUUUGUCAAAAAGACGUGGUGAUAUGCUCAGAAUAACUGUAGAGAGGUCUAGAAGUUCGGAUACUGCUUCAUCCUGGACGAGUGGAGAGAAAGACACAAGCCCUGUGAGGGGAGAAGGACGUGACAAAGGGUCUAUGGAUGAGGAAUCUAGUGUGAGUUGUUCAAUUUCACGUCCAUUAGGAAUUUCGCAAGAUAACUUUGAAUUAUACGAUCAACAAAGGUGCAAAGAACUUCGAGACACAAUGCUAAAGAAAGAAGCUGACCAACAACAGGAGACUAUCAGGACUCCAACCCGUGAAAGGAAAGCCUCAACACCUACGCUUGAGAAGCAAAGUCCCAUUGAUCUGGAAUCAGGAUCUGAACUUGAUCAAGAUCCAAUUGAAAUGAAGAUUGAUCAGAUUCUGGCUAGAAAUGAUAGUGGAGAAUCAAGUUCUGGUCAAUCAAUGGGGAAUAAGAAAAUUAAAAUUAUCAGCACAUCAGCUGAUAAUGUUCACAAGAAACUCUGCAGAAUGUCGGGAGAUGGUAGUCGAUCCCCUGACAGAAGCACUGGAACAGAUACCAAAAAACUUGUAGCGACUAGGCUUUCCAGUAGCAAUGGUAAAAGUUCUCUGGAGAGUAAAUCAAGUUUGGAUUCCAAAGGAUCUAUCAGUGUUGAAUCAAAGGGUUCUUUUGAGACUGAAAGUAGUUCUGGAUCACUGGGAAUGGCUCAAAGAAGGGGAGAACUGGGUCAGAGGGAACAGCAGUCUACGUGGAAACCAUUCCCAAUUGAAAGUUCUGGAAGUUCAAGUAUUGAAGAGAACUGGGCACCUCCAGAUCAAGAGAGUUAUGAAAAGUACGAUAUAUCUAUACAACGUGGAGUUGAUGACCUGUCAACGUUUAAGCCUGUUCUUGAGAAGAAGGAAUCCUCUCCGGAUGAGAUGAAGGAAAGCGAUUCAAGUGCUCAAGAUGAUCUCAGUGAUUUUACUACAAAUUUUGGAUACCCUGCGAUGACAACAGGUUUAGGAUUGAGUAUCAAUCCUACAGAUAUUUUGGGGUAUGGUACGUCAUUUGCUCUGGGAAGGACCCUCUCGAGGAUCUCAGAAAGAAGUACAAAUUCCGAGAAGUCUAGCAUGGAAGAUGAUCUUAGUAAAGCCUCCACACAUUCUGGGAGUAUUAGAGAUGAAUCAGUGGUUUCAACAGACCACCAAACAAGUUUCAGUUCUGAUCCGCCCAGUAACACAAAUUUAGCGUACAUUUCCGAUGCUGAUCGACGCACAAGUGCUGAAAUGCCAGAUAUACCUUGUGAUUCGGCAACUGUGGAUCGUCUGUCGGAUUUGUAUGCAACUGGUGGUGGUGGUAGUUCAUCUUCCAGUGGAAGACAGACUGGAAGAUUUUCAGUGACAAACGUAGGGGAUGGUGCUGAGAAGACAAAAAUAGAACAGAGACCAACACUGCUAGAUUUCUCAAAUGCAGGUAGUCAGGAUUCUGAGGAUUGGCCGCUUCCAGAAAUACCUUACGAUCAUGUUCCAGUGGCAAAGAUUCCACUUGCCACAGAUUCACGACCUGUGCCCAAAAGUUUCGGAUGGAGGCACAGUAUGUCUAUGCAGUCACAGGAUUCAGAAAAUUGGCCAUCACCUCCUGACAGUGGGGAUCUUGAGACCCCAAUUGUUGAGAAUAUUGAGACUUUCUAUUUGAGUGAACAACAAAGUGCUACUCAAGUCAUGGUGGAUUCCUUUACUGAUCACACCCCAGAUGAUGACGAUAGUGAAAACCGAACACUAAAUGAAGACAAUCAAUCGAAUAAAGAUAUACACAAGUCCCCUACAGUUUCUGUAGUUCUUCCCUAUGAAGAAACUGCCUACAUGUCCGCACAGUCUGAAUAUUCUACUGAUCCUGUAACUUGCCUGAGUAGUACAUUUGGUUCAGCAUCUUGCCUCCGAAGUACCAUUGACGUUUGUAGUUCUAGGAAUACCUUUACUUCUUCGAAAGAUGUUCAUCCUUCUGAUAAAGUGAUUAUAUCUCAGCCAACGAGAACCCCACAGAAUCAAAGUCCUAAUUCUCUAGAUGAUGACUUUGGGUUAGCUGAUGAUGUAUUUGGUCCAGGAACUGUGAAAAUUGAGAUAUCACCAGACGAUACGCGUCUUUCUGAUAUCCUGACCGAUAAAUUAUCCCGAGGAUCAAAUAAUUCAGACACAUCCCUUGAUGAUAUCCUUUCGGGAUCGACAUUCAUGGAUGAGACCGUUAGAAGAAAUCUUGAACCGAGACUUAGUAGUGGUUCGUGCAAAAAAUGCAGUCACAGUAGUCACUCAGAGGAAGAAACAAGUUCUUUAGGAACAGAUCUCGAUGGAACUGUGAAGAUGGGUCUUCAGCAGAAAAAAUGUACUCAUAGUUCUCAUUCUGAAGACACGUCAAUUGGCUUGAGUAUUUCUGAAUGGUCAACAGGGACUAAUACUGUCCGACAGUAUGCUAAUCUUUCUGGAAGUGAUAGUUUAUCUGCAGUUUCGAAUCACUCAACUGGAGCUCGAAGUGAGAAAUCUAAUCAUACAAAAUCGAGUGUUAGUUCAAUCAAUAAAUCAACAGAGAGUCUCAAUGAGAAGAGUGCUAGCUUGUCGGGAAGCAAAAGCAAGUUUUCUUGUGAGAACCCUUCGGUUGAGGGUGGAAAAUAUGAAGUGUUUUCCAAUUCGGAAAUUUCUUCAGGAACUACAAAGAGCGAUGAUACUACAUUGACUUUGACGGAAAUGGCACAGUCAAUAACAGAGUGGUCUACAAGUAGUAGCAAAACUUUGGUGGCUCAGGUGGACUACCCAGACUAUGCAGCUGAAUAUAAGGUUGACAAGAAGACUCUGUCUAUUGAGUACAUGCCAUUGAAGCCACCAAAAAUCGUCAAGAAGCAACCUUCUCCGGGAGAUGAUAAAGAUUCUGGGAGAGUCAAGAAGACCUCUUCUACUGAGAGUCCUCCUGAAGAACGACCACAGAGAGUUGUUCCUCCACCUCCUAGAAUUGUAGACAUGGAAGCGAAACCUCAAUAUCGCAAAGGUAUUGUUGAAACUUCUGUAGCUUCGAAGAGAAAGUCCUUGGAAUUAAUGUCGCAAAGAUAUCAAAGCCAGGAUGUUGUAUCAGAGAGUGAAAACCUUCCACGUGCUCUUCCAGUUGUUGAUGAACACCCAGAAGGUGGAGGGGACAUUAAAGCUUUCUUAAUGCGUGAACCUAGUCCAUUCGAUAAACCUUUAAUUAAGCAUCACAGUUACGAUGACAAAACUCUAUCUAAAAGUCAAAUUCGAGAGUAUAAGUCAUCGAAAGUUAGACAGAGUCAAUCAUUCCAUGAACACAUGAUUGAAUCUGCGGAGUUUCCGAAGAUUGAGGAAGAAAAGCUUAGUUCAUCGACUACAACGCACAACAGUGAGACAACGAGUACAGACAAUUCUUCACCUAUGCCAUCUCGUCCGGGAAAAUUAGUCCAAUGUUCACCUUAUUACUCAAGCAGCUUGAGCUCUGAAUCCCCUCCGAUUCAGGUCUUGCAGAAACCCCCGAGGAAGUCUUCUAUUCCGAGGAACGUUAUGCCUAAGAGUCCACCCAGUGGAAAUGACACAGACAGUUCUUUAGACUUUAGGCAGCAGGAUCCUAAAUUUAGAACUCGGGGGUAUCGCAAGAGGAAACAGGUGCCCGCUAAGAGAACUAGACUGGAUAGAGUUACUCUUGAGCACGAAAGUUCAGAGUGUUCUGAAGGGUAUUUCCAGGAGGUAGAUUCAGGAAGUUCUGACAUGUCUAAGAGAGAAUAUUGUGAACAUGAAUACGUUCAGUAUUUUGAAGAAGAACCUGAACCUGAAGUUCCCGAGGAAGAAGAGGAAGAUGAUGUAAGGUAUGAAUCGUAUCCAGGAACUUCCUUCUCUACCAGAUUUGAAAGUCUCGAUAUGACUGAGGGAAAUGUGGAUGAGAUGGGUUUCCCAAAAUACGAUCGACUAGGCCAUAUUACGAAGCCUAUGUAUCGUCAGGACAUCACACCACCAUCUUCCACUCCUCCUAUAAAGCCUCAACGCCAAAGGAAGCGUCAACUAAAGCGAGAAGAUUCCACAUCAAUUACUCCAUCAUCGUCAAUGAUUGAGCCUACCACUCGCCGCAGACCGGACUAUGCUGUUGAAGGAGCUAAUCCCGAAUUGACCUUCCCAGAAGACAUCUAUUAUUCCAGUGAAGACAGUUUUGCCGCUGGAUUUUCCACACAGAUUCACGUGCAACGAAAAGUUGAACUGCCAUACCCGGACUUCUUGUCGGAUCAUGAAGACAUUGUUGACUAUCCACGGGUGAAGCCACCCACAAGUCAAUCAGGGGAGUCUGAAAAGAGUUACGAUGGAUCGGAAUUUGAUAUGAGAACCGUUCCACCACCAAUGUUUCUUGGUGAUUCUGAAGACUUGAGUGACAAUUAGAGCAACCCACCAUUUCUUCGAUUUUAACUGCUGCAUAACAAAUCAUACCCCAAAAUGCAUCCAAACAAAAACCCUUUGUAUGAAUCCAAGACUGAUUGCAUCCUGCAGCACUCGCACGAACUGAUUAAUCAUUAUUUUUUCUGUUUGGAAAUGUUUGGAUGAUCAAAAGAAUUAUAUAUUGUCUUCUAUUCGAAUUCUCGCAAGUGUGAAUUCCGGGAUGAUUAAUUAUUCAGGCCUGGAAAAUAUUCUUACGUAUGAGGAAAUUGUGGCAAAAUCUUGGGCAACCAAGCCGAACCCAAAGGAAAAGGUGACACAAUCCCGAAACAAGUGUUUGUUAGAGGGUAAUGGUGCUAUUCCAGUGAAAAAUGAACAUGACGAGGACAGGGGAAAAUAGUCGAGACAGGAACCAACACAAAGACGAUAAUGCAGAAUCACUUGAGAACAGUUAAGUGCUAAAAAAAAAGGUUCAUUUUUCAUUGGAAUACCACAGUAAAUAUUUACCGUGCUGUUCCAAUGAAAAGGAGAAAUCGUUCUCUUGAACACUUUUCACACAUGACUGUUCUCAAGUACUUCUGCAUUAUCGAUUCUUCUUUGUGUUUCUUUCUUGUCAUGACUGAUCGUUAUAGAACACGACGAAGUCAGGGGAAAACAGUCGAAACCGGAACCAAUGCAACGCAGGGAAAAAUCGAUAGUACAAAAAACCUUGAGAACAAUAAAGUGCCAAAAGAUGUUCAGGAAAAAGAUUUCGCCUUUUCAUUGGAUUAGUACAGUAAAGAUUCACUGUGCCCCAAUCAAAAGGGAAUAUCUUUUUCCUGAAUGUCUUUUUUUUUAGAACUUUACUGUUCCCAAGUUCUUCUGCACUAUCGACUUUUCUUUGUGUUGGUACCUGUCAUGACUAUCAUGAACCGUUUUGUCGAAACAGGAACCGACAUAGAGAAAAAUCGAUAGUGCAGAAGCAAUUAAGAACAGUAAAGUGCCAAAAAACAAUGUUCAAGAGAAAGAUUUUUCUUUUCAUUCCUCAUUGGAAAGGCAUUGUAAAGGCUAAGUUGCUUUCUCCAAUGAAAAAUGACAAGGGGAAAUCUUUCUCCUGAACAUUCAUUUUAGUACUUCACUGUUCUCAAGUACUUCUGCACUGUAGACCUCUCUCUAUGUGUUGGUUCGUGUCUCGACUAUUUUCUCUGGUCGCUGCCGUGUUCUAAAACCGUGGAGCAGUCGAGACAGGAAUCAAUACAAAACCAAGUAAAACGAGGACAAGAGAAAACAGUUGAGAUAGGAAUCAACAGAAAGAAAAGUCGAUAGUGCAGAAGCACUUGAGAACAGUAAAGUUCUAAAAAAGCAUGUUCCUUUUUCAUCGAAAUAGCACAAGAAGUCUUUAAGGUGCUAUUCCAUUGAAAAGGGGAAAUCUUUCUCCUGACAUUUUUUUUAGCACUACUGUUCCCUAGUGCUUCUGCAUUAUCGACUUUUCUUACUGUUGGUGCCUGUCUCGACUGUUCAACAGUGGAACAGUCGUGACAGAAACCAAUACAAAAGAAAAGUCGAUAAAGCAGAAGCACUUAAGAACAGUCAUGUGCUAAAAACAUGUUUAUUUUUCAUGUGAACAGCACCUCAAUGGAAAUUAAAGAUAAAACACAAAAAAGACAACUAAAAUAACUUUCUCAUAAGUCAUUUAAACAGUAUUAAAUAUUUCCAGUAACACCAUUUUACGCCAACAUUUUUAAGCAAUUUUUGCUGCACCCUUAAAUCAUGUAAAAGUUUUCAUGAAAAAACAACUAUGUAGUAUUUUAUGGUAAAUACAAAUUUAAAAAAAAAUACAUUUGUCCCCGAUUUAAAGGCAUAUUAAAAAAUACGAUAAGUAUUUCAAGAAUGAGAUCAUGACGUUAAUGUGGUUAAAUGAGCAAGGUAGAGGGUGUUAAAUUCAAGGAUUUACGGAAGUAUAUUAAUAAAAAUAUAUUUUACAACGUUUUUACCAUUUUGUUAGAAUUAUACAAGAGUAUAUAAGAAAUAUAUAAUUCAAAAUAUAUAACUCAAAUUAUUGAAAAAAGACGUAGUUUGUGUGACAGUCACAAAAAAAAUAUGAAACGAGUUAGAUGAUAGAAUCAACCACAGACAUCUGAUAAAAUAUAAUUAAAAAAAAGUUUAAAAAAAUAUAAAAGAAAAGCGAGAAGGUAUUUAAAUAAAAACAAUAAAAGAAUUAUAUAUUAGAAAUAUUUAACUUUAGCUAAAAUAUUUAGUAAAAAUAUUCUUAAGUAUCUUCUUCCAUUGUAAUGUGUCAAAUUUUUUUCUUAUUUUUAUUGGCCUACAUUUUGAGAAUUAUAUUGCAAAAAAUAUCGAAAACAAAAAAAUAAUAAAUAAAAGAAUUUUAAAAUAUGUGUUAUGCAAUCAAAAUUUGAGAGAUGAUGGGAGCAUUAAGAAGCACAGGAAUUUUCUGGCUUCUUGAGAGCGUUACUGUGUCAAAAAAAAAGAAUUAUUUUGCAAAAGGAUUAAAAACAAAAAUUAUUAAAAAUGAAAUAGUGCCAAUUAGAUGAUGCAAGAUUUAUCUGUUAUUGCAUUCACCGAAAAAAAUUAAAGAAUAUUUAAAGAAAUUAAAAAAAAAGAGUACACAUUAGAUGCGAAAUGGAUGAUAAAAAAAUAUUGAAUUGUUAUUUAUUAGAUGUUUUUAAAAGAAAACUAUGAAUCCUUAGUACAAAUUAUUUGGGAUUCCAACGUUGAUGGAAGAAUCAAAGAUUCUUUUUCGUUGAUUUUGAUUAUUUUAACCCUUUAUAAUCUUAUUAAUCUAUCUGCUGUGGAAAGAUGUAAUACAAAUUCAGAAAAAAAGUCAUAUUAAGUCAUAAAUUAAUAAUAUAGAAAGCAUCUCGUGUUAUUUGGGUAAUUAUUAUAAGGAAAGUAAUAACGGAUGGGUAAACAAUAAAUGAAGGAUUUAAGAUCUACCCUUAAAAUCUUCCACAUAAUAAAAACGUAAAAAAAAACAAAAAAAAAAA